UGCUGACGUGUUCUAAACUUCAGUGAACAAAUCGAUACAAGCGCGACUUUCAUUGAAUCAUUUCGAAUACCUACACACUACAGACGUUUGGAUGAUUAUCACUUUUUAAAAUUUUAAAUUUUCCCAGGAAAUCAGAAGAUGGAUUAUCCAGAGGGGCAGUAUCAAGUAUCUUAUUUCAGAACGAUGUGGACUGCAGUCGCAUCUAUGGGAUGGUAUAUUCUUGCACUGGUCAUCUGUUGUUGGUACGCCUCUCCAUAUAUUCGGGAAAGGUAUACAAGAUGGAAGUUGAGGAAAGGCGAGGAGGAUUAUGCUGCAAAAUUCCAUAAAAAUCCAGAUCUAUUGCAAGAUAGACUAUCAGCUUUAGAAGCUUCCCGGCAAAGAAUGCAAGAAAAGUAUUAUCAAAAAUGUGUGCGAUCAAAGGAAGAAGAAAGAGAGAAGGAAAUAAGGAAAGAAGCAUCGAGGUUGAUCGACAGCAGUUCGACUGGUCAUCGACUAGGAAGCGCUAGCGAUGAAUCUACGUUUGUACAAAAGAAAUCGAAAUCAUUGAAAGGAGAUUAUAAUCCAUUAAUGGGCGACAAUUCUAGAGGAUACCGACCUCCGAAACGGAGCUGCUGCGGCAAAGGCGGUUGCGGCUAAUGUCAAUUACACUAUAAAUAUAAGCCAAUUUUUGUCUCGUUUCCAUAUUUCUUACGUUUCCGUUACGUUACAGGGAGGGAAUACAUAUAAAAUGAUCGUUCGUACACGGGCGAAACUGUAAAUAAUUGUCAAGUUGUUGCAUUCGGUUGCAAUAAAAUAAUACAAUUUCUCA